GCCCUUAGCAGCUCAUCCUCCCCGGAGGACAGCCCAGGACGCCGUCUACCGUAGAAAGAAGCAAGGACGAGGGCGGAAGGCCACUCCCCUGGCUGCGCCUGGGCCAGCUUUCCUUCGGCCGCACCAUCAGCCUGUGUUACAGGCGUCGUCCGGUGGGCCUCACCUCUGUCUCUAGCCCUGCUUUCCCUGAGCAGCACUGUGCUGCGUGCACAGGGGCCGCUGGGCACCGAGCCGACUGUGCAGGGAGGGAGACGGAGGUCGCCAAGCCACUCCCCGCCUGGUUCCCACUCACGUGGGCGAGUAAAGCGCAACCCCCAGGACCUGUUCCGAGGACGAAACGCAACACUGCACUGCACAGAGACCCGCAUGAGGACUGGACAUUGGUUCACAAUGACAUCUUUGCCAGGACACAGAUAGACCCUAGUGCCUUGGUGCAGAGGCUGGAACUGGACCAGAAGAGUGUGGUGUCCCUAAAGAGAGGUACAGAGCCAAAGACCAUUUUGCCCAAGAAGGAAAAGCUGAGGCUUCGCCAUGAGCGAUGGCUACAGAAAAUUGAAGCCAUAAAGCUGGCUGAGCAGAGCCCUGGAUCCCCACAGCCCUGCAUUCAGAGGGGAAGGGGGGAUCGAUGGUGGUCUAUGCAAGCUUCCAUCUCUGCAAGACAGCUCCUGCCACCUGUGUUCCCCCCUCCCCUGGUCCCCACCAAGGGCGAGUGUCUGUACUUGGGCACUCUGGGGAGACCUCAAACACCUAGUGUUACAGACACCAGGGGCACCACAGAGACAAAUUGUCUAGUGAAAUGUGUCAGACUGACUUGGAUUCUCUGUGUCCGCAGCAGGGUGACCAGCAAGCCCAGGCCAGUGGAGCUUAGCCGGAUGAGCUCAGCCCAGAGACAGCAGCUCCUUGAGGAAGAAAGGACCCGGUUUCGGGAGCUGCUGGCCAGCCCGUCCUACAGAGCCAGUCCCCUGCUGGCCAUCGGGCGGCAGCUGGCCCACCAGAUGCAGCUGGAAGGUGGCGGACAGCUCUGACCGGGACAGUGCGUGCUGUGAGAUCUGGGAGACUGCCGUGUGGGUAGAGGUGCCAGCAGCUCUUGAAUCCUGCCCUGUACCGGUGUGGCCGCCUGACCAGUCUUGAGACCUAGGGAAGGGGCAGGAAGAGAUGCCAGUGAGGACAAAUAAAGUGAUUUAUGGACUGGCUUCCGUGGCCCGGAGCCCUUCUGCGGCUUCACUUCCCACUUGGAGCCAGCCGCUCCUGCAUUUCCAAGGCCGAGCUGACCCUGGGACAGCUGUCCUGGUCCUCUGUAGAACAAGCCCAGGGUCCCCAGCCAUGGGGGCAGAGUUGGGGUGCUCAUGUGAAGAUUUGUAGGAGCUGCACCAGUGUAAAGCUGGGGGCCUGCCAAAUAGCUCCAUCCCCGAGACCUCGGCAGUCCUCCCAACUCUUUGGGAUCCUGAUCACAGCAGAACACCCCAACUGACCACCUUGCUCCUCACAUCCUGUGCCUUUGUCCGGGCCACACCACUUGUAUCUUUGGCUUCUCAGCCGAGGCUCCUCACUCCUGCCUGGAAGCAGAAUGGGCCCAGCUCUGUAGUCUCUCUGGCUGGGUGGCAAGAUGGACUUGUGUUAGACAUUAGUGAGUCUCCGGAUGUGAAAGCUGAGGGCAGCACCCACAGAUCCCAUCACCCAAAAUGACCCAUGUCCUGCCUUACAUCUGGGAGAUGCUGGUGUGACUUCUCAUUCCCACCCCAAGGUGGUUCCUAGCCUUUACAGGGGGACCCACAUGCUCAGGCCCCACCCUCACAGGCCCUCAUCCCCCAUGAGCCAGGACCAGCAGUAGUGGAGCCUGGACUGAGCAGAUGAGGCCCUCAGUCCUGGUGUGGACAUCAUAGGGCACUUGGUGAAUGAAAGUGAAUAAGAGUGAAUAGGCCUAAGCUGGGUGUGGCAGAAGUCAAGCUCAACCUGGUUUGCAGAGAAAGUUUCAGGAUAGCCAGGGCUACACAGAGAAACCCUGUCUCAAAAAACCAAAUAAAUAAAAAGAGUUACCAGGCCUGGA